UCUCAUCUCCCGGCUCACAGACGUCCCUGUGUCAGCGCGGGCGGUGCUUCUCUCGUGUCGUAAUCAGCCGCGGCGUCUCUUCUCAUCUCGUCUCGUCUCGUCUCGUCUCUUCUCUUCUCCUCUCAGCCGGUCACAAUGGCAGCCGUCAGGACUCUCAGGAAACUGUGCCAACACUCCCAGCACCAAGUCUGUAAACUGCACACCUCCGCCUCGAGACAGGAGGCGGUGGUCAUCUCAGGAAAGAAACUAGCGCGGCAGAUUCGGGAGGAGGCCCGGGCCGACGUGGAGAAAUGGGUUUCGGCCGGCCACAGGAGACCCCAUCUGAGCGUGGUUCUUGUAGGAGACAACGCGGCCAGUCACUCCUACGUCCUGAAUAAGACACGAGCCGCAUCUGAUGUCGGAAUCUCUAGUGAGACAAUUCUCAAGCAUUCGGACAUCAGCGAGGAGGAGUUAUUGGACCUGAUCGACAAACUCAACACAGAUCAUCGUGUGGACGGCCUGCUGGUCCAGCUGCCUCUGCCAGACCACAUUGAUGAGCGCGUAAUCUGCAAUGCAGUUUCGCCAACCAAGGAUGUGGAUGGCUUCCACGUUGUGAAUGUGGGCCGCAUGUGCCUGGAUCAGUCCGCCAUGCUCCCUGCAACUCCCUGGGGAGUCUGGGAAAUUAUUAAACGCACAGGUAUUCCGACACUUGGGAAGAAUGUCGUCGUUGCAGGACGCUCCAAGAAUGUGGGCAUGCCCAUCGCCAUGUUACUGCAUACAGACGGCCGCCAUGAGAGGCCCGGAGGCGAUGCCACGGUCACCAUCUCUCACCGUCACACUCCAAAGGAGCAGCUUCGCCAGCACACUCAAAUCGCUGAUAUCAUUGUGGCGGCUGCAGGGAUUCCGAACCUGAUCACCGCGGACAUGAUCAAAGAGGGAGCAGCGGUGAUUGACGUUGGAAUAAACAGAGUGCAGGACCCGAUCACUGGAAAGAACAGACUGGUUGGAGAUGUUGACUUUGAGGGCGUGAGACAGAAGGCGGGCUUCAUCACCCCGGUCCCUGGAGGUGUGGGACCCAUGACUGUGGCGAUGCUCAUGAAGAACACUAUCAAGGCAGCCAAGAACGUCCUGCUCUUUCCCCCAGAGAGGAUCCGCAUGGCGGCUGCGUCCUAAUGGGUUGAAUGAAAUCCCAGCAAUAGUGACACAUUCCAGCUCUCCCCUCUCCCCCAUCACUACCAUCCCCCCCCUCAUAUUUUUUUACUUGGGACUACCUGAUGAGCUCCACUUGCACACGGAGUGGAAAGAUGAUAGCUUUAAGGCUCUCGAGCUGCUGACAUCUUUAACCUCUCCUAUCUCUAAGUCCAGCCAUGUUUAGACUGUUACAUUCACUACAUGCAGCUGUGUGUUUUUAUGUAACAGGAAUUAAGGUAUUUAUCAUUUGCGAUGCAUUUCUGUGGACUUUUGGAGUUUUGAGAAAAUCUUGAAAGAUUGUUUUAUUUAUUGCUACAGUGGUUACACUAUUUAAACACAAAUGGUGGCAGGUUACAGUAUUUAACUCUAAGCUGAUGAGCAGUGAAUGCAGAAGUAUUGAGGCUUGUCUGUCGGGUUUCUCUGCAUUAGUUUAGCCUUAUGUACUAAGGUGAUAAGGGCUAACACCAUCAGGAACAAGUAUGUUUAUCAAUAUACAAGCUUUAAAGAUUCACAAAUGCCUUUGUAAAAACUUUGAAAUAAAUAUUACAAAUAUCUUCUCAUGUG